GCAAAAAUAUCGAGACACCCCACGCUGGGCGCCAGUGCUUUACGUAUACCCCAGAUACCCUUUGCAUUGUAUUCCUUUCCACUCCAAUUGAUUAUACACAGUCAUUUGAAGCAAUCAGUCAAUAUGGGUGGCCAAAAGACUGCUAUCAUCUCCGUCUAUGACAAGACAGGUUUGCUUGACCUGGCUAAGGGCCUCAAGGAUGCUGGUGUCAGGCUGCUUGCCUCUGGCGGCACAGCCAAGAUGAUCCGUCAGGCUGGCUUCGAUGUUGAAGACGUCUCUGCCAUCACAAAGGCACCUGAGAUGCUCGGCGGACGCGUCAAGACUCUUCACCCUGCUGUCCACGGUGGCAUCCUCGCGCGCAACCUCGACUCAGACGACUCGGACCUCUCGGCGAACAGUAUCGACAAGAUCGACUUCGUCGUUUGCAACCUCUACCCCUUCUCCGAGACCGUUGCCCGGAUCAACGUCACAAUCCCAGAGGCCGUCGAGGAGAUUGACAUCGGCGGCGUCACUCUUCUGCGAGCUGCGGCCAAGAACCACGUGCGCGUCACCAUCGUCAGCGACCCUAACGACUACCACGACCUUCUUACCGAGCUCAAGAACAACAAUGGCGAGGUCUCUGAGAAGAGCAGGCAGCGAUACGCGCUCAAGGCCUUCGAGCAGACAUCCACAUACGACAGUGCGAUCUCUGAGUUCUUCAGGAAGAAGUACGCCGGCGAUGGCGAGCAGUUCCUUCCUCUGCGAUACGGCGCCAACCCUCACCAGAAGCCUGCGACCGUCUCCAUGCCAGACAAGCCUUUGCCCUUCAAGGUUCUUGGUGGAUCGCCCGGAUACAUCAACUUGUUGGAUGCCUUGAACGCAUGGCCCCUGGUCCAGGAGCUGAGCAAGGCACUCAACUACCCGGCUGCUGCCAGCUUCAAGCACGUUUCGCCUGCCGGUGCCGCCAUCGGUGUCCCCCUCAGCGCUGAGGAGAGGCAGGUGUACAUGGUCGACGACAUUGAGGGUAUCGAGAACUCUGGUCUUGCGCAGGCUUACGCCAGGGCUCGUGGUGCCGACAGGAUGUCCAGCUUCGGUGACAUGAUUGCUCUGUCCCACGAGGUCGACCUACCGACCGCUAAGAUCAUCAGCCGCGAGGUUUCUGAUGGUGUUAUUGCGCCUGGCUACUCCGCUGAGGCUCUCGACAUCCUCAAGAAGAAGAAGGGUGGCAAGUAUCUUGUCCUCCAGAUGGACAACGACUAUGUCCCAUCCACCGAGGAGACAAGGACAGUCUACGGUAUCACCCUCAAGCAGCACCGCAACGAUGCCAAGAUCGUCCCUUCGGACACCUUCAACACCGUCAUCGUCCCCAAGGGCACCGGUGCUCUGCCUGAGUCAGCUCAGCGUGAUUUGACUGUGGCCACCAUUGCGCUCAAGUACACUCAAUCCAACAGUGUCUGCUACGCGCUGAACGGUCAGGUCAUUGGCCUUGGUGCUGGCCAGCAGUCUCGUAUCCACUGCACACGCCUUGCCGGUGACAAGGCCGACAACUGGUGGAUGCGCUUCCAUGAGCGUACCCUCAACCUCAAGUUCAAGAAGGGCACCAAACGUCCUUCCAAGUCCAACGCCAUCGACCUUCUCUGCUCUGGUCUUGUCCCCGAUGCCGGCAUUGAGUACGAUGACUUUGCCGCAAACUUCGAGGAAGGCCAGGUUCCUAAGUCGUUCACUUCGGAGGAGCGCAAGGAAUGGUUGUCGAAGCUCCAAGGUGUUGCUCUGUCUUCGGACGCGUUCUUCCCUUUCAUCGACAACGUCUUCAGGGCGCACAGGAGCGGCGCCAAGUACAUUGCUGCACCGACAGGAAGCCAGAACGAUGGCGCAGUUUUUGAGACCGCCAAGAAGCUCGGUAUCACGUUCGUCGAGCAGCACAUCAGGCUGUUCCACCACUAAGCAGUGGUUUUUGUGUGUUUUCAACAGGCGCAUGGGAUUUACGACGUUCACGUAAGACGGUUUGAUUGGGCAUAGAUUCCCCAAAAUGUGGAUAUCAAAAGGGUUAUGAGGUUAUAGGGACGAACAACUACACAUUC